GCAACUGGUAACAUCGGCCCGGCCGUCCUCGAGCAACUCCUCCUCGCCAAGUUCGACGUCACCGUCCUCUCGCGCUCCAACAACCCAUCCGGCCUCCCCGCCGGCGUGACCGUCCACAAAGUCGACUACGAGUCCGUCGAAUCCCUCACCGCCGCUCUCCAGGGCAUCGACGCGGUCGUCUCCACCGUCGCCUCAUCCGUCCUCGCCGUCCAGACCAAGAUCGUCGACGCCGCCGUCGCCGCCGGCGUCCGGCGCUUCCUCCCUUCCGAGUUCGGCCACGACAUGCGCCACCCGGCCGCUCGGGCCCUCUCCGUCUUCGCGCCCAAGGCCCGCGUCGAGGAGUACCUCCAGAAGGUCGCCGCCGAGACGAACCUCACCUACACCUUCGUCAGCACCGGGCCGUUCCUCGACUGGGGCCUCCACGCCGGCGUCCUGAUCGGGUCCCUGAAGGAGCGCAAGGUCGAGAUCUUCGACGGGGGUCGCCUGCCGUUCAGCACGACGACGCUCGCGACUAUCGGCCGCGCCGUCGUGUCGGUGCUGCGCCACCCGGAGGAGACGAAGAACCGCACGGUCACGCUCCACGAGGCGGUCGUGAGCCAGAGCAAGCUGCUGGAGAUCGCGAAGGAGCUGACCCCAGGAGAGGAGUGGACCGUCACGGAGAGAAAGUCGGCGGACUUGAAGGCGACGGCGGACGCGAAGAUCGCGAAGGGCAUCUUCGACAUGGAGGUGAUCGUGUCGCUGAUAAAGUGGUCGAUGUUUUCCGACGAUUUCGAGAACGAGUUCAAGGACGUGGACAACGAGUUGCUCGGGAUCAAGACGAUAUCCGACGAGGAAUUGAAGGCCAUUGUAAAGUCUGCUCUGUAA